UUGAUGGAAAUUUAAAUAUUUGUCUCGUACAGGUUAUUUACUUAAUAACACCAGCUCCAACUUCAAAGGAGUAUUUUCAGAGCUUUUAAAUUUGUUCGUUAUAGGAAAACAAUUUUAAAAACGAGCACUCCUUAUGAGGUGAUUGGCUAAAAAUUCUGACAAUAAUCCAGAAAAGAUCCGCUUAUUCAAAGAUAAUCAACAUGCUGAAGAAUAUAUGAUUGUAUAUGCUCAAGCUAUUAAUACUUUUACGUUAAGUAUCCAAUUACUUAACAUAAAACACUUAAUUUCUUGAUACCAAUACGAUCGUUCAAUUUUUCUUAAACACAACUAAUAGUUACAGGAAAUAAUUGAACAUAAAAAAAGGAAUGCACGAUUUAUGGCCCAAAACGUCCGUGAAUGUCAGUGUACGGGCGCAACAGUACGAUCAAGUUCAAAUUUACUAAAUAUUGCGUGAUAAUCGAAUGUUAACGCAUGCAUCAUGGUGCAAAAGCGAAACCAACGAGGAACUAGAUUUAUAAAAGGGCGCCCCGUUACAAAACAGUUCCAAUUUACUUCUCCAAACCGAUCCAAAUGGCUCUCAUAAGUGCUUUGCUCUGGUUCGCGGUGAUACUGCUGUUCUCGUAUCGAUUCUAUCUGCACAACAUUAAACGGCCUCCCAACUAUCCACCUGGACCGCCCCGGUUGCCCUUUAUCGAAGAUUAUGGACUCCUGUUACUGCUCAACCAUCGCCAUCUACAUCGGGCCGCGUACAAACUUGCCAGCUUCUACAGAACGAAAAUCCUCGGACUGUCACUAGUCGGUUACCCAUCGAUUAUUGUCCAGGAUGGCACCAUUGCCCGGAAGCUGCUGACACGUCGCGAAUUAGACGGACGUCCGAACCUUUUUUUGGCGCAGUUGCGCCAGAAGGAGUUUAAGCUACGCGGAAUCAAUUUCAUCGAUGGUCCGAGCUGGAAGGAUCAGCGGUGGUUCUUUUUGAGACAUUUACGCGAUUAUGGAUUCGGUAGGCGUUCGGAACAGUACGAAAGGGAGGUAGAGGACGAACUGCACCGGAUGGUGGAACAGCUAACGUCUGACCAACGGUACGAGUACGAGCGUGACUUUAUACAACCCGAUGGAGUAGUGAAGUGUCCGGAUGUGUUUUUAAUACCACUUACGAACAUAUUUCUGCAACUAGCAAUUGGUGAACGAUACGAUCGCUCAAGGGCCAAAUCGUUGGUACAAGCCGGCCGAGACGGACUUCUAUUUUUACGAAAUGCCGACGAUUAUGGAACCGUCUACAGUUACUUCCCGUGGAUACGGUUUGUGUACCCGUUCACCAGCAAAUAUAACAAAAUCCGUGGUGGAAUGAUGGGAGCAUGCCAAUUCUUGGAAACAAUUAUCAACAAACAAAUGCAAACGUUCGAUCCGAAUAAUCCGCGCCACUUCGUUGAUGUUUAUCUGCGCGAGAUGCAAAACCAUGUCCCGCAGGAUAAUGAAACAACAUUUCAAUAUGAUCAGUUAGUGCUCGGGCUGGCGGAUUGUCUGCUUCCCUCAACUUCCGGUACAUCUGUGCAGCUAUCAAUGCUUCUCGAGCGGCUGCUGCUGAAUCCCGAGGUUUUAAAACGAAUGCAACAGGAAAUCGAUGAUGUCGUGGAUCGGGAUCGCCUUCCGACGCUGAACGAUCGUAUCAAUCUACCGUAUACCGAAGCAACGCUACGGGAGAGCCUGCGGAUCGAUACGCUGAUCCCUUCCGGAAUCGUACAUCGGGCCCAACAAAACAUCAAGUAUGAGCAGUACAACAUACAGGAGAAUACACUGCUACUGUUCGACCUGGACAGUAUCAACAAUCAGACGGAUGUGUGGGGUGACCCGCGCACCUUCCGGCCGGACCGCUUUCUAGACGAAACAGGCAGUCUGGUGCUGUCGAAAGAUCGUUCACUCACGUUUAGUGUAGGCAAGCGGGAAUGUCCCGGGCAAACGUAUACACGCAAUACCAUGUUUCUGAUUGUGGCCACACUUGUGCAACGAUUCGAUAUAAGGCAACGUGAUUCCGAUCAUUUGCCGGAUAUUUCGAAACGGAGCACUGGGUUAGUGCACGGACCGGAUGAUUUUUGGGUACGAUUUAUACCACGGCAAACCGGUUAAACAUUAAACAAAAAGAAAGAUACGCAACUAAGAAACAUCGCUGGUUAGCAUCACCUCCACUUACCUUGUUU